AGUCUCAGACUGUCCCCUGAUUGAGCUGGUGGUCUGUGCUGUAGUGCAGCGGUGUAGCAGAAAUACUUGAACAGACCGCUUAUUAAUAAUAAACUGUUCUAAACUGAACCGCAUACAUGUACGGAUUUUCUACAUUCUGAACCCUGGAGAAGACCAUGUGCCAAAAUGAGCGCAAAACUAGAAGAUCGCAGAUCCCGGAGCCAUGUUUGUCGUUCUAAUGAGCAGUUAGGUCCACUGGCUGGAAAGUGCUGUCAUCAUCAGGGAUGUAAACCAGAUACUGCCCCAAAACCAAGAUCAAACUCCAGACAGUUUCCUCACUUAAAUAAUUACUUGAAGAAAUACACUAAUCGAAACCUGACACCUGCUAACGUAGAGGCACACAAUUUGAAAAUCCACAGGAAGCAGGUAUUUGGACAUUUAAGACAUGAAAACGACUUAAAACAAAGGGAGGCGUCAAAACCAUGCAAAGACAUAGGACAUAAAGAACGGUCAAUGCAAUGGGAGGAGUUUACUGAAGUGGACAAGAAGGAGCACAGUGACCAAGGGGAGGAGUUGGGCUAUGGGGAGGAGCUGGCACAAGGCAUUGAGCUUGAUUGGGAGGUGGGUUUACAUCAUGGGGAAGGAUUUGACUCUGAGGAGGGUGAGGGGCCCCGGGAACUUCUUUCUGACUCCUGCAGUGACAGGGAUGAGGAAGUGCAAGGAGUGGCAAGACAGCUUCACAAAGUAGCGGAAAGAGAGGAAGGGUGGGAAGUGGUUGGGAAUGGUGAAACAGGGUCACCCCGGAGUCUGGUUGAUGUUCAUUUUGGCAUACAGUCAACACCUUAUACACUUUACAAAACAAUGAUGCAUGAAACAAAUAGAAACAAAAUUCAGGCUUCAUCUCUGAAGUUAAGAGACAAUUUGUAUACUGAUGAAAUUUUCAGUGCUAAAAUGCUGUCAAAUGGAUUGUAUUCAAAUCACCUUUACUCCAAUGGAAUCAACACAAAUGAGUUGUACCCAGAUGGAACUGACACAGUCGCCAUGUUUCCAGACAUGUGUGAUGCGGGUGAAGCUCUGGCUGAUGCCGAUGGGCUCUCAGAGUGUGAUCUUUUUGAGCAGACUGAAGCAUCUCAGACAUUGGAAGCGGAGGAGGUGGGUGAUCCUGGGGAUACGGUAAUGCUCUCUGUGGAAGAGGGUUCUGAGAAUUCAAGUGCAUCUAUAUCGAACUUUGGGGAAGAGGGGGGUGAGGAAGAAAACAGUUCUCUCUCACUGAGGAAUUCUUCUCAGGAUUUACAUUGCGAAACCUCUCAAGAUUCUUCACUGUCAGAUUCUACACUUUAUGCAAAGUCAGAGAGAGAAGCUGGAAUUCUCUCAGAAUCAUCUCAUCAGCCUUCAUCAUCCUUCUCUUCAUUCUGCUCAUCUCAGUCUGAAAUCACUUCAGAUGAAGCGGAAAGCAGUGAGACCCUUCACUUUCACUGGAGUGAAAUUGAACGUGCCACUCCGUCCAAUGAACCUCACUUUAAUACAACAUUUGAUCUUGACCUACCAUGUUUCUCUUCACCAAUACAGCCUGAAGACCAAAAAUCACACCAGACACAGUUUGAUGAACACGGAAAAGAAAUAUCAAAUGCCCAGGGGGAUCAGUUAAUAAUACCAACAGAGAACCCUAAGGUUCAGUCAGAAGAGCAUGUGUAUGAAGAAACCGAGCCAAAAUUCCAACCCAAAAGCUUCCUGCAGACUAGGAAGUAUUUAAUGACUCGGUCCAUCUCCAUGGAACCUCCCUCUAACAGACUGGAACCAAUGAACUCCACAGUAUCAGGAAAGGAACGCUUGAUGCUACACACACAGUCUUACUAUACAAGUCAUGAUUUUCUGGGAGAAAGCUUGCCAGCCCUCACUGGCUCCUUAGGAUGUCUCUCACCAGGAUGUCCCUGCCCCCCCAGUGAUCUAGGCAUGAAUAGCCAUGACAUACCACCCCCCUUCGAACUCUCUUCCAUCACAAAGCGGCCAAUUAGAAAAAGCACACCAGCUCUUCCAACCGAUGUGUCUGCUUCAUGCAGAAAACUGGACUUUGGCUUCAAACGCUACUUCUUGCCUUUACGGUUUCUGAGGAAAUCUGAAAGAAGGAGCUUGGCUGAUAACCGCUCCGUCUCCUCCAGAUCCUCAUCAGAAUCAAGUCCACAGGGUUCUUGCAAAAGGCUGAAUUUAAUCAGGCAAAACGUAGGCAGCCCUGAACUCCACAGAGUACAUGAUUCUUCCCUACCAUCAUCCCCAUCUUCCUUCCUUUAUCAGAAGAACAAGCAGAGGCAGGGCCUUAACACACUUCUCAACAGCAACGUGUUGUCUGGUAUUCCUAGUUCCUGGGACACUGAUGACUUUCUUCACUCCUCUUUUACUAAGCCCUUUCCCCUUUCAAAACCUCGUUCUUUUUCUUCGCCCAAUGUUGACUCGUCAGUGUACGAGAAUGUUUUAAGCCCAAGUCCACACUAUGAGAACUUGCAGCUACGCCUCUUAAAUCCCACCAGUCAGAGGCACCGGAAUCAGAGUUCUGCCAAUGAUAUCGAUGGUUACGUGGAUAUGAGCAGUCUGCCAGGCUUUCAGAGCAAGAGCCAGUCAUCAGAACAAGAGACAGAGAGUGCCUAUACUAUCUGCUCUCCUGCUGUGAGGUCAGAUGGAUCAGUGAGUGUAUCUGUAGGAGUGCCUUGUAUAAAAAAGGAGGAGAAGAAGGGAUCAGAAAUACUGACUGUCACUUGUUCUAGAGCAUUUUAUAGUGCAAAAGAGCUGCUGGACAGCGAGGCACAGCAUUUAAAGAAUUUGAAGCUUCUGACCGAGACUGUAGGUGGAGAUGAGACACUAGGAGAACUCUGGAGUGAUUUGCCUGCAAUUUACACACUCCACCAAGACCUCCACACCCAACUGGAAUCUCGGAUCAAAGAGUGGGAGCAGAAGGAGGGAAUUGCUGAUAUUAUCUUGGAUAAAAAAGCAGAGUUUUCAUUUUUUUCCUCCUUCAUCACUCACCAUGACAGCAGAAUGAAGUCUCUGGAGCAGAUGGAGAACACACAGUUGGACAUGACUUCUUUGAAGCAGCAGCUGCUGCAGGUGAUUGUGAGAGUCCUGCAGUACCGCAUGCUGCUAACAGAUUACAUGAAUAAUAUUUCACCAAACACAAGCGAGUACAAGGAUACUCAAGAUGCUUUGACAGUGGUCUCUGAUGUAGCUGACCUGACCAAUGAGAGCCUCAGCAAUGGAGUGGCUCUUCUGCGUCUGGUUCAUAUUGAGCACAAUGUUUUAGGCUUGAAGAACUUACUACAGCCUAACAGGGUUUUUGUGAAAGAAGGCACCUUAAUGAAGGUCAGCAGAAAGUCCAAACAGCCUCGUCACCUGUUCUUGAUGAGUGAUAUAAUGCUUUACACAUACCCCCAACAAGAUGGCAAAUACAGACUUAUCAACACUUUGACACUGACAGGAAUGGAGGUUACUAAACUGAUGAUAGAUAAUACUCAGCAUGCAUUAAAGAUUGAGUUAAAGGAUACGUGUAUCACUUUAUCAACAAGCUCUUCUAUAGAGAGGGAUGAUUGGUUUGUUACACUGAAUCGGACAAUAGCUGACCUCGGUUCAGUACUGGGGGAACCCACAGGCUGUUUAGAGUUUGGGGAAACUGUGGAGGCGUGUCUAGGAGAAAAUGCUCCGCCUCUGGUGUCUGUUUCUCAGGUGUCAGUAUGCAUGAACUGCCCUGUCCGCUUCAGCCUCACACACCGAAGGCACCACUGUCGAGCCUGUGGCAAGGUUGUAUGCAGAGACUGCUGCAGGAAUAAAGUCCCUCUAAAAUACCUGAAGAACAGACGAGCCAAAGUGUGUGAUAAGUGCUACAGUGAGCUUUACAAACCAGAUGAAGAUGUUGCCAUGGGAACGGGGAGCUCCAGUAGGCCACUGUCUGCUGUUUUCCAGAACAUCCAUCCCACCAGUCUGUGGAGGGGUCGCAAAGGCCAGUUGACUUUUAACCAGGGGAUAGGGCCAGAGGGGGAGAUGAGUGGGACUCUGGAGAGAAGUCGAAACAGUAGGCGGAGCUGGAAGAGCCUGUGGUUCCUUCUGAAAGAUAAAGUGCUGUAUACAUACCCACAGCCUGAGGAGAGAAUUGCGUGUGAGUCUCUUCCUCUGUUGGGUUUUUCGGUGAGGCCAGAAAUUGAAGGAGAGAGCAGUGUGUUUCAGCUCUACCACAAAACAACACUUUACUAUACAUUCAAAGCUCAGGAUACACACACUGCUCAGAGGUGGGUGAGUGCUAUGGAAGAGGCCACAGUCCUGUAGCUGCUGCUGUUUUAGAAGGGCUGUUAUCUCCCUUAAACUAAGACAAAAUCCACACCUGACAAAUGAAGAGUCCUGCAGUGUCAUCACUACUUCAAAUUGAAGCAGUUGUCAGAUUGUAACAGUGCUAGGAGAGCCAAAAAGAAAAACAAACCCGCUUAGUGCUGGUCAUUUAUUAAUGUAGAGAAGCAAUCAUCUGCCUAUAUAACUAUAUAUAUAUAUCUUAUAUAUUGUUACCUUUCUUUUGUUAUCUUUUAUCUUUAUAUUUAUAUGUCAGUUUUUUACAUUUGUACUAAUUAUAUUUUGUAACAGGAACUGCAUACGUAAGCGUAGCUUUUGAUAUUUCUUUUUUUUUUAUAAUUUUAUUUCUAAUUUUUCCCAUUUUCUCCCCAAUUUACACGGCCAAUUACCCAACCCAUUCAUUAGGACUCCCCCAUCACUAGUGAUACCUCAACACACCAGGAGGGUGAAGACUAACACAUGUUUCCUCCGAUACAUGUGAAGUCAACCACCACUUCUUUUCGAGCUGCUGCCGAUGCAGCAUUGCCGAGCAGCCAGCGCGCUUGGAGGAAAGCACAGCGGCUCGGCUCUGGUACAUCAGCUCACAGACGCCCUGUGCUGCAAACAUCACCAUAGGAGUGAUGUGGGGAAAGAGCGCCAUCUACCCACCCAGAGGGAGCAGGGCCAAUUUUGCUCCCUCUAACGCCGGCAGCUUGAUGGCAAAGCUGCAUGAGCUGGGGUUCGAACCGGCGACCUCCUGCUCAUAGUGGCAGCGCUUUAGACCACUGGACCACUCGAUAUUUCUAAUAAAUUAAUAUAAGUGUACCACAUCAAACCAUUUAGAAUGUACAGCACGUCAAAACUUUUAAAUAUGAUACCAUGAAAAUAC